UCGAAAUGUCAUUGACACCGGAGAAUGUCUGUCUUGCAUCUGCAUGAAAACUCAUUUUAAAUAAAAUGAACGCGUAGCCGAGUCUUCCGUUAUUAGCCUCGAGGCGCUAGGCUCAUUAACUUGAGUAUAAAAAAUACAAAACACCGUUUAAAAAAAAACUUUGUGUCGUGUUUUACUUCGCGAAGUGAAGUGUUGAAAAAUGGUGAUCCAAAAAAUUUGCUGCCUCGGUGCUGGCUACGUUGGAGGCCCUACUUGCAGUGUGAUUGCCCUAAAAUGCCCUAACAUCAAAGUAACUGUGUGCGACAAAAGCGAAGACCGAAUAAACCAGUGGAACUCCGAAAAGUUGCCAAUCUACGAACCGGGUUUGGACGAAGUUGUAAAACAAUGCCGAGGUAGAAAUUUAUUCUUUUCCACCGAUAUUGAGACUAGUAUUCUCGAGGCUGAUUUAAUUUUCAUAUCCGUUAACACGCCUACUAAAACUAUUGGUAAUGGGAAAGGUAGGGCCGCUGAUUUAAAGUUCGUGGAAGGUGCAGCGCGUAUGAUAGCCGAAAUCUCUACAAGCAAUAAAAUUGUGGUAGAAAAAAGUACUGUCCCAGUCAAAGCUGCAGAAAUCAUCAUGAAAAUAUUGCGCGCUAAUACUAAACCGGGUGUAGAAUACCAGAUAUUGUCUAACCCUGAGUUUUUGGCUGAAGGAACAGCGAUUGUUGAUUUGGUUGAAGCGGAGAGGGUUUUGAUAGGUGGUGAAGAGACGAGAGAAGGUCAGAAAGCUAUUCAAGAGUUGUGUUGGGUUUACGAACAUUGGAUUCCAGCUAAGAAUAUAUUAACGACAAAUACUUGGAGCUCGGAACUGUCUAAGUUAGCAGCGAAUGCGUUUUUAGCUCAACGGAUUUCCAGUAUAAACUCGUUGUCUGCUGUGUGUGAAGCUACCGGUGCUGAUGUGUCCGAAGUAGCUCGUGCAGUUGGCAGAGACUCACGAAUCGGUCCAAAAUUCUUAGAAGCAUCCAUCGGAUUCGGUGGAAGCUGCUUCCAAAAAGAUAUACUAAACUUGAUUUACCUCUCUGAAUGCUUAAACCUUCCCGAAGUAGCUGCAUAUUGGCAGCAAGUGGUUAACCUUAACGACUACCAAAAAACUCGGUUCACACGAAAAGUCAUCGAAUCGUUAUUCAACACAGUCACGGAUAAAAAGAUUGCUAUACUUGGGUUUUCGUUCAAGAAAAACACGGGUGACACCCGUGAGUCGCCUGCUAUAUAUGUAUCAAGUACGUUAUUGGAUGAAGGGGCUAAACUGCAUAUUUAUGACCCGAAAGUUGAGCACGAUCAAAUACUUUAUGAGUUAACACAUCCGUUAAUGACGAAUGAACCAGAGAUAGUACGUAAGAAUAUACAAAUUCAUGGUUCUGCAUACUCUGCAGUUGCAGGGGCACAUGCUAUCGUUUUGUGUACCGAAUGGGACGAAUUCAAACAUCUAGAUUUCAAGAAGAUCUAUGAAGUUAUGAUGAAGCCUGCAUACAUUUUUGAUGGUCGGAAAAUACUGGAUCACGAAGCCCUGUUGAAUAUUGGAUUCCACGUACAGACUAUUGGAAAACGGCUAUCCAGAACAAGUAGUAUCCGGGCACAGGGCAGUCAGACUAUGCCCUAGUAUUUAGGAUAAUGUAACCAUAAGCGAAUCUGUGAAGCCUGUGAGACGUUACAUCGACGAUGAAGAAUAAUUAUUAUUCCAAAUAUUUAACCCCCGACCCAAAAAGAGGUGUGUUAUAAGUUUGACGUGUGUAUCUGUGUAUCUGCCUGUGGCAUCGUAGCUCCUAAACUAAUGA